ACCACGCAACUCGAGUCGUCAGUGACAUUUCCACGCGUUUCGCGAAACUUUCACCUGUUAGGACGAUAUACUGAGAGACUGAGUCCUAGUUGCUUUAGACGACCAGCUGAAGGAAGCACCAUGGUUGAAAGUGCGGGAACAGCUGGUCGUAAUGCCUCUGUCAUGAGUCAGCUGGAAGAUACAUCCAGGGAGUUGAAGGAAUGUUAUGAAAGAUUGGAUUUCAUUGAGACGAAACUGAGACGACGUUACUACCCCAAUGACGAAAAGAAACGCUUAGAGCAAGAAGUGAAGGACAUAAAGACACACCUCUCAAGACAUGAGAAAGACCUGCGUUGCUUGAGGGGAGAGAACCGUGUUGCAAUGAUCCUCUCCGUAUUAAUACUUGCUUUGGGCGUUAUGAUAUAUAUGGUUUACACCAUGCUAUUUACAAGCUGAAAGUUGCUAAUAGGAUUUAAGAGCUUGAAGGAUUUGAGAGGGCUUUGGCAUUAAUUGUACUUUGUUGCUUGGUGUUUCAGUUACAUGUGGAUGUGAAUGCUUGUUGGGGUAGUCUCUCUUUUGUUCCAAGAAGAAAUGGUACAAUAAUAACAUUCCAAUUUUUUUUUAUUCCAUUUCCUUUUUCAUAAUUUUCUCUCUGAUUUUCCUUUACAACUUUGAUUAAUUAAGUUGAUAUAUUGUGAAAAAAAUUCUUGGGUGUGUGAUGGACAUUCCAUAGAUACUUUCCUGUACAGUACAUGUGUCUGCUAUCAUAUCACUAAAUCAGUAUGUAUAGAGUUUGGUAAGGUCCGUGUGUCAAGUGGUAGCUAAACUUAAUCUGAAUAUUAUUAGAUGAACUACUUGAUGUUGUAGUGUAGCUCAGCAGUAUGCUGUGCAAGUCACCAGAUUUUUUUUUUUUUUUUUUUUUUUUUUUUAAGAUAGAACAGUGCUAAUGAUAUCUGAUAAUACAAAAAAAAAAAUAUUAAAAAAUUGUGAUUCCAUGUCUUGUUUGUAAACAGCAUAUAAUACAAUGUGAUUCAAAUCUGUCAAAUAAUCUUUAAUGACAUUACCAGUUCCAGUCUUGAUGAACUUGGCUCUAGCAGUAUAGCACAAAUACAGUACGUUCCAUUGUCAUAAAAGUCAUGCAGUAGAUAAAUAGGCAGAUUUUAUGCAUUAGUAUAUUUCUCUCUGAGGUGCAUAUUCAUUGUUUUCUUUAUAUCAAAUGUAUGAGGGUAAUGCAAACUCUGGAAGAAAAUACAUUGAAUAUUUUAUUAAAAGUUAACAUCAUUUACCCUAUAGAUAUCGACUCUGAAACCAUUAACAUCAAUGAAUACUUAUGGAAAGGCACUUUCUUUUUUAUUAAUAUUUUUUUUUACAUUUUUUUCUUUUUUUUUUUUUUACACAAGAAUAUGCAUGUAUGUACACAUUAUUUUUUUCAACAUGAAUACCUAUUUAAAGAGAUACGUCUAGCAAAGUUCAAAGUUAACUAAAUGGCUUUGGCAACUACGUGUAUGAUUUUAUUUUAUUCUUUUAUACAUGUUUCUUCAACACUUUAUAGUAUGUCUGCAUACCUCCUAUUUUUAAUUUGUCCAGAAAACUGAAAGUCCUCGUUUGACAGAGUAAAUUAUUGGCACCAUAAAAACAUUUAAAUAUUGUAGUUAACAUACCUUACAAUACUAAAACAAAUGUUAUUACUCUCACUACAAAAUCGCCGUUAAUGACCUUAGCUGUUGAAGCGGCAGAUAAUUUUAGAUAAUCAAUCAUCUCACUACAAAGAUAUUUUGUAUUAAUUUUGCUUAAUUUCCUUACUGGUUUCAGUCCACUAUUAUUAUCUUUAUUAUUUGCAUUGCAUUUUUCAAAUUUUCACUCUAAUCUUCUGUUGUUUGUUAUUUAUUUUACAAUGAGAGAAGCCUUAGGUUGAAUAUAAUGCGUCCAGUUAAAUGACAUUUAAGAUCUUCAUGAACUUCUGAAAAUUAAAUACAAACUUUAUUUCCAUUCAAAGUAACAAAACAAAAGUGAAAAAUACACAAAACACUAAUGUAAAUAUAAUCUUUGGCACCACACAAGGCAGCAAGUCAUUACAUAUUUAAAUAUUGUAAUUGCAGUAAUUCACUCAACAGUCACAGUCACCUAAGAUCAACAAAUUCUGCCAGAUUAUACUAAUAACAGAUUAUACAAAUAAGAAACCUACAAUAAUUUAAACUAAAACACAGUACCUUUUCCCUGACUAAUAAACAUUUAACAUUAACAUAAGUAAGGGAAGUAUCAGUACAGACACGUUGAGGGGGGAUAACAAACAAACAAACAAAAACAAAAUAUUUCCAUCAUCUUGCUCUGCAUAUGCCUUACACACCAUUUACCCUUCUAAAACUGAAAAAAAGACUUAUUACUAGCUACGACCUUAGCCGCUGAUAAAGCAAACUAUUUUAAAGACCAAUCAAUACUGAAUGGACAAGCACAAUGUUGUGCUGAAAAAAAAUCAAACACUACUGUGAUUUACAAAAAGAAAUUAGAAUGUAUUAACUUAAUUUUCAAACUAGUCUCAAUUUUAUAGUAAAUUGAGUGUUUCUUCCUGUAAUCAGACAACAGUUGUUUUACCCUAAAAAAAAAGUUUGUCUGUUGUAAUAUCUAAUUGGCCUAUUCACUUCCUUUGAUUUCAAUACACAUGAGUAUUAUCACAUGAAGGAAUUUGGUAUUUUUUAAAAGUUAAAAACAAGUGAGGGGGAAAAAUAAAUAAAUAAAUAAAUAAAUAAAUAAAAUAUAUAUAUGUAUAUAUACAUAUACAUAUAUAUAUAUAUAUAUAUAUAUAUAUAUAUAUAUAUAUAUAUAUAUCAAAGGUAACUUUUUCAUGAGGGAAAAAAAUCACAACAAUAACAAAACUAUGCAGAUCAACAAAUAAAUGAACAAGUGUUUAUGCAGAAUGACUUGCAGACACCACCAGGGUUACUUUACCCUGUCCAAUCCCACUAACCUGUGCACUCCUCCCACCAGCCUCCCCUGCACUAACUUCUCCCAUCCCAACCUCAACUUACUGCCAACUGCAUGAGAACUUACACCUUUGAUUUGGUGCGCUUAUCUCAACUUAUGCAGAAAUCAUGUGACCAUAGACCUGCCCCGGCUUCACAAAGGGGAAAAGUUGCAAGAAACCCAGUACUUAGGGUCAAGAUUGGUGCAUAUCAGUCAUCUUUUUUUUAUUUUCCAAAAUUUUAAUCCAAUCUUCUUGCCAUGCUUUUAACGGGUACUUUGUUACCACCAGAUGCAAGUAAUGUAAUCCAUUGCAUAUAAUUAAUGGAAACCUACAAGACAGAUAAAUAUCAGACCCUAAAGAGCAGUAACAAGCCCACAAAAGCAGAAAU